GAUGCCCAGACUUAAGUGGAUAACUUUCCUGCAACUUUUGAUUAUUUUUAAUGCUUUUUGGUCCGUCGAACUGAAAAGCAUAUUCCCUUCUGCUCAGCAGGGAAUUUACAGUGCUCUAUCUGGUGCUGGACUUACUGGAUCCUUAGCCAUGGAAAAUCUGGCAGAAGCUAUAAAUAACAUGAGUAACAUACCAAAGGGAGUGGGUCAGUCUAUCAAAGAUCUCUUCGGCUCUAAAAAACAGACACCGUGUGCCAAGGUCGACAUAUUGUGUCAAAUCAAUAUUUUCGGCUUGGGACAAACUCAUUACGCAGAGCAACCGCUAUGAGUGUUGGCAUUUAUUAAAGUGCAAGGGUUUUUAUAUAAUUUUAAGCCCGUUACUUGUAGACUAAAAGGGUAUAUUGCAAUUGUUGAAAAGUAUGUAACAGGAAGAAGGAAGCGUUUUCGACCCUAUAAGUAUAUAUAUUCUUGAUAUCUGAGUUGUGGGAUUUGACAUGCAAGUUUAUUGCAAAGCGGAGCUACGCCCACUCUAACUCUGUCACAUAACUCUGAGAUAUGUUAGACCUUUGCUAAUAUUUUAGAAGCGAACUCGCCUAUAGCGUUCUUUCUUGUUUGAUUUGAGGCCCCCGGACAUCCUCUCUGCGUCUCUUAAAACUCUCUGUAAUUUAAAAUAAUCAACUAAUCUUAAGUAAACAAUAAACUUGCUUUUUUUUCGGACCAAA